AAGAGGAAGGAAAUUAAAGGGGGGAAGUGAAGCAAGAGGGCACUACUUCCUUGUAGCCCUCACAAUCAAAACAUUAUUCGUGCGCAAUGGGUGAGUCUGCACCCUCGAAUAGACAUUUUCUAGUCUAAACACUUGGCGCACAUCGUCGGGAAGCUCCUCGAGCAGCGUUUUGUUGCACAAUGCUUCAGCUGAACGACACGGUGGAGCCGGAGAGUCCGGGCGCUGCGGUUCUCCACCCUGCAGAAGCCGAGGAGGGGGUCGAGGUUGCCUUCACGCCGCCGGAGGCCGGGCGAAGCCUCGGACACGGAGCCGCCGUGGCCUGCUGCCCCCCGUUACAAACGCUGACACCUUUUCAUGUGCAUAACCCCACGGUGCAAGCGAAAGUGAAGGACUAUUUCGUGUUCAGGCCAGGUACCAUUGAGCAAGCUGUGAGCGACAUCAGGACUGUGGCACUCCCUUCUGAGGAUGGAGAGGUGCUCAGUGUCUGGCUGCUAGCUGAAGUUGACCAUUGGAACAAUGAGAAAGAGAGACUGGUGCUUAUAACUGACAGGUCACUGCUGGUGUGCAAGUACGACUUCAUCAACCUGUUGUGUCAGCAGGUCAUCAGGAUCUCUCUCAAUGCUGUAGACACCAUCUCAGUGGGCGAGUUUGAGUUCCCACCCAAAUCCCUAAACAAGAGAGAGGGCUAUGGGAUUCGCGUCCAGUGGGACAAACGUCCUCGGGCCUCGUUUUUUAACCGCUGGAACCCGUGGUCCACAGACAUGCCCUAUGCCACCUUCACGGAGCACCCCAUGGCCCACGCUGAUGAGAAGGUAGCCUCUCUCUGCCAGUUGGACAACUUCAGGACCCAGCUGGUGCAGGCAGUGAAGAAAGCACAUAAGGAGCACCCCAUUCCGGGUCGGGCUAAUGGUGUGCUGAUCCUUGAGAGACCCCUGCUCAUCGAGACCUAUCUGGGCAUUAUGUCCUUCAUCAACAAUGAGGCUAAGUUGGGCUACUCCAUGACCCGUGGCAAGAUCGGCUUCUAAAAUCCACAGUUUCUCCAAAUCACAACCCAUAUGUCUGUGUUACACUGCGAUGUCUGAGGGAAGCUAGCGCUCCGGUGUAAAGCGCAACCAAUCAGUGUGUGUAAGUUGAGCCCAUGAGAUGUCCACACUUCCUUAAGUUGGUAUCACAGACAAGUGGUCAGCCUACCAUAGGUAAAAUAAUGCGCAGCACUGCAUGGACUGUGUCCCCUCAUUUGUUUUUAGUCCCCUCAGUCCCUGUCUGUCAAAGAGCUGCUCAGAGAUCUGCCAUACCCGCAUGGGCCCUCAGGAGUGAAUGCCCAUGUGACAUAAGUUGGAGAGAAAGGACACAGCACUUGCAUCAAUUCAUCACCUCUGUACUUACUGUAGAUUGAGCUUCUUAUAGUCUCCUGCUCCUCAUUUAACCAAUCACUGACAAGGCUGUCAAAACUAAUGUGAUGCUAAGAUUUUGGUAGAGGAGUGCUAAGAUCAGGGUUGUUAUUUCAGGGUUAAAGCUGAGAUUUGUUUGGGCUUUUUUCUGCAACAAAAGAAAAAAGAAAGGCUACUGAGAGGAGGGCAGUCAAACUGUAAUGUCAGCCAACAAUAGGUUUCAUAUUUGCUGCAUUAACAUGGUUUGAAAUAAAGGAUUGUAUUAUUCAGAUCACAAGACCAUGCAGCUGAUGGAUUCAGUUCAAUGGUCAUGUCACAUGAUUACUGUAAUAAACAUUACUAAUAUGGAAACUGUUCAGGACCUGCACUGCUACACUGAAAAGCUCUGGGCUCAGCUAUGUUACUUGUGGAAAAUAGCCGCUGGGGUUCACUUUUCAGCAUUAAUGAAACUUGUUCAGCGGAAAUGAUAAAUUACAUGUUGUGACCUUCCUCUCUUACUGGCUGAUGUUGUGCUCUCCGUGCUUACAUUUGCCUAAGUCCUGUGUUUGCUCAGAGUAGGGGGCUGGUGUACCACUUUAAGAGCUGCAUUAGCUACUAUAGCUGAAGUGGUUUUGUAUGUUACGGAUGUUUUAUGCAACAUGAACUUGUAAACCAUGUCUUCAUGUCUGUUUGUAAGCUGCCUUCAUGGUUCUUAAACUUGCAUUUGUUUUGGGCAUACAUUUGCACUCCGCUACAUUAAACCAUGGUGAGAAUAAUGGACGGGUUACAUAAUGAAAUACGUGCAAACAAAGCUUUGUAUCAAUUAAUUAACCACAUACUGUAUGUAUAAUGUGAAUAGGAUUUAAGCGAUUUUCUUUUCUUAAGCUGCACCCUAUAACACAUCAUUGUGCUACCAAAGGUAACAGACCAUAUUUUCAUGCUCAACAAUGCCAAUGAAUAAUUGUGUCCAAAAAUGCCCUUUUCUGGUCUUAACCUGUGCAUGUUCCCUGCACGUUGAGUUUGCAUGACAGAUGUUUCUUUUUUUUUAAAAAGGAAAAAUCCUACAAAAAUGUGUAAAUACUAAUUAGGUUUUAGUUAUCUGCAGUUACUUUGAUGCAGUUAACACACAAACACUUCUAGAAAAUGAAUAUUUCAUUGCCAGUUUUGAAGUAUUUUAUUUGGGGAUUUUGAAAGAGAUUGACUCAUUAUUACAAACAUGUGGAGGGUUACUUUUUGUUCUAUUUGUAGCACAGUAACCACAAUGGAGAACAAUAAAUGCCUAUAUGUUCUUGUCAGGGCUUUAGCUCUGGUUGUUGUGAAAAAGUGCAUUUACAUUAUGUUUGUACUGUCCAGGACUGCAACAAAGUGAUUAGGUUACAGUUAAAGUGGCUGUACACUUUGCUUUUAUAAAUGGGAACAGCAUACAUAGACAGAUGAUGCCUUGAAGCCAAGUAAUACCGUUCUAAUAUUAUAUUUAAUUCUGCCUGUUAAUUUGUCGUUUGGAUUCUUACUGGCAUUUGAGUUUGGUCAUAGCGGGUAACAACUAUUAAAUUCUACCAGUAAUGAUGCAGUAUUUGCAGAUUUAAUAUAACGUCACUAGUGUCAUUAAAAAAUGAUUUAAAAUUA